GCUGAGGAGCGAGGCGCUGUCCAUUCAGCACCACCGGGGGGGUAAAAACCAGCUUUUUUGCGCAAUCCGACGUGAACCUCCUUCCGAGAGCGAGGUGUGCCCUGCAGUCUGGAAAGUGAGAUCUAAGGAUGGUGAAACUGGGAAGCAAUUUGAAUGAAAAGAACAAGCAGCAACCGUCCAAUGAGGAUGGUUUUCAGACGGUUCCUUUGAUAACACCCUUGGAAGUAAAUCAUUUGCAGUUUCCAGCUCCAGAAAAGGUGAUUGUGAAAACAAGAACAGAAUAUCAACCAGACCAGAAGAACAAAGGAAAACUUAGAGUGCCCAAAAUUGCUGAAUUCACAGUCAGUUUCACUGAUGGUGUAACAGAAAGAUUAAAGGUCACUAUUCUCAUAAGCCUGGCUCUUGCAUUCCUUGCCUGCAUAGUCUUUCUCGUGGUAUACAAAGCUUUUACCUACGACCACAGUUGCCCAGAUGGAUUUGUUUAUAAGCAUAAGAGGUGCAUUCCAGCCUCUCUCGACGCUUACUAUUCAGCUCAGGAUUCCAACUCCCGGGGCAGAUUCUACACUGUCAUCAGCCAUUACAGCAUGGCCAAGCAAACCAGCUCGCGGUCUGUAUCCCCUUGGCUUUCUUCAGGAUCGGUAAAUCACGAAAAUAAGGCCACUAAGACAGAAGGCCAUUAAAGCCAUGCAAUGGCCUGGGGAUGGAGGGAGUGGGAAAACCACAUCAUGUCUCUAAAUCAUUGCUCUAGUUCAGAGAGGGCGCCUUGCUAAUCAGUGCGACAAGAAUACGCUAAUUCCAAGUGCAGGUGUCAUCUUAAUGGAUAGUUUUCUCUCUUUCAUUCAUUCUCACCCUCCCCUUUAGUGCAUUGUUCUCGUUAAUUUGUAACUAAGUCAGGAUCUUGUACAAAGGCAUGUUAGGUGUUGACUAUAUCUCACAAUG